CACACCUGGAGGCUUUUACACAUCCAUGAUGACUGCUCUAGCUCUGUCGGGCUUGGUUGUGCUCCUGCUUUACCCCGCCUUCUCACUCUGCACUGACUCGGCCGCCCACCAGAGCAAGAACGUCCUCCGCCAUGGGGCUUUCGAAGGUCGGGCGCUGGAGGCCGCCACUCCCACGGCGGGGAUGCCCAUAGCCCUCGAGGAGGCCAUGUGUGUGGAGCAGGAGAUCGAGAAUCCCACAGGGGCCAAGUUCAAGGUCAAGGACUGCCACCGCAUCUACGCCAUCGGCACGCAGUUCCUUAGCGAGCUGCCAAGCAUGGAGAACCUCGGCAGCUCCCCCAAGUUUAUCAUCCAGUGCGAGGACACCAAGGCCGAAAAGGGCCAAGCAGAACGCCUGUGACGGUUCGCGGUGGACGCACUUCGUCGUCACCUCCUGCUGGG